AGGAGAGUGAUGAGUGUGUGUGUGUGGGGCGGGUGUUGAUUGUGGCUCAUAUUUCAAGAGUGGUCCCGCAGACAGAUCUCCAUACCACACCACAGGGUUCUCUGGUCUCUGUGUGUGUCACUGGAGGCAAGGAAGGAAAAAGUGGGAGGGUUUUCUGCAACUCAUCAUAGAUUGCAGUUUCCCCCCUCAUCUUAAUCUGUCUCUAUCCUCGUCCUCUGUUUCUCUGUGACUUUCACCCUUUUCUCUGUUUUUUUUUUUUUUUUUUUUCCUCCUUCAAUCCGAGUCUUAACUUAUCAAAGACAGUCUCUGCACAAAUAUGGUCAACAUCAACACGCAGCGCAACCGAGAAAACCAGCCCAAGUGGAAUUAAACUGUCUAAGCUGACAGCUGGAAGAGCAGUCACCUUUCAAGGCUCUUUGGCUGCAUCUGCCUACUUCCCUCUACAACCUGCAAGACUCCCCCCACCAAAAAAAAAAAACAAAAAAAAGGUUGUGAACCCCUCCAUGCUCACAGAGAGUGUCCCUGUCGGCCUGAUGUCCUCAGUUGUAGCCCCGGAGAAACCCACCUCCAACUACAUGGGCCCCAAAGAGGUGGAGCUGAUCCUGGUCAAAGAGCAGAAUGGGGUUCAGUUCACUUCGACCACCUUAGUGGCUCCCACUCCCACUCAGACCAACCCCAGUGGGGAGGAGGAGCGGGAGACAUGGGGCAAGAAAAUCGACUUCCUCCUGUCUGUGAUCGGAUUUGCCGUGGACCUGGCCAACGUCUGGAGAUUCCCCUACCUCUGCUAUAAGAACGGCGGAGGUGCCUUCCUUGUGCCAUACCUGUUCUUCAUGCUGAUAGCAGGCAUGCCUCUGUUCUACAUGGAGCUGGCUUUGGGACAGUACAACAGAGAAGGAGCAGCUGGCGUCUGGAAGAUCUGCCCCAUAUUUAAAGGUGUAGGGUUUACAGUCAUCCUCAUUUCCCUGUACGUCGGUUUCUACUAUAACGUCAUCAUCUCCUGGGCGUUGUUCUACCUCUUCUCGUCAUUUACCGGUGAACUACCCUGGGUCCACUGCAACAACACCUGGAACAGUCCCAACUGCUCCGACUGGGCCGACAACACCACUGUCAGUGACAUUUACAAGGCCACCCCUGCUCAAGAAUACUUCGAACGAGGGGUGCUCCACAUUCAGGACAGCAACGGUAUUGAUGACCUUGGACGUCCACGCUGGCAGUUGACUUCCUGUCUCGCUGUGGUGAUUGUUCUGCUCUACUUUAGUCUCUGGAAAGGGGUGAAGACCUCUGGCAAGGUUGUGUGGAUCACAGCCACCAUGCCCUAUGUGGUCUUGACUGUGCUGCUGAUCCGAGGAGUCACUCUGCCUGGAGCCAAAGAUGGUAUUAAGGCCUAUCUCUCUGUGGACUUCCUGCGACUCUGUGAUGCUAAGGUCUGGAUUGAGGCUGCGACACAGAUCUGUUUCUCACUGGGAGUGGGGUUUGGUGUGCUAAUUGCCUUUUCCAGCUACAACAAAUUCAGCAACAACUGCUACAGAGAUGCCAUCAUCACCAGCUCCAUCAACUCUCUAACUAGUUUCUUCUCCGGUUUUGUGGUUUUCUCCUUCCUCGGGUACAUGUCCCACAAGCACAAUGUGCCUCUGGAUAAAGUGGCCAGAGAUGGUGCAGGUUUGGUGUUUGUAAUCUACCCAGAAGCCAUUGCAACAUUGCCUGGAUCAUCAAUUUGGGCAGUUAUCUUUUUCAUCAUGUUGCUAACACUUGGAAUUGACAGUGCUAUGGGUGGGAUGGAGUCGGUCAUCACCGGGCUUAUUGAUGAGUUCAAAUUCCUCCACAAGCACAGAGAACUUUUCACUCUCUUCAUUGUUGUUGCCACCUUCCUCAUUUCUCUCUUCUGUGUUACAAAUGGUGGGAUGUACGUGUUUACUCUGCUCGACCACUUUGCAGCAGGGACAUCGAUUCUCUUUGGAGUGCUUAUUGAAGCCAUUGGCAUUGCAUGGUUCUAUGGAGUCGACCGUUUCAGUGACGACAUUGAGGAGAUGAUCGGCCAACGUCCAGGCAUGUACUGGAGGCUGUGCUGGAAAUUUGUGAGCCCCUGCUUCCUUCUGUUUAUGGUGGUGGUGAGUUUUGCCACAUUCAACCCUCCAAACUACGGCUCCUACAUGUUUCCUCCAUGGGCUAACAUGGUGGGGUGGUGUCUGGCCAUGUCUUCAAUGACCAUGGUGCCUCUGUACGCCAUCUACAAACUGUGCACGCUUCCCGGAAAGUUCUGCGACAGACUGGCCUACGCCAUCACCCCAGAGACGGAGCAUCAUUUAGUAGACAACGGGGAGGUUCGACAGUUCACGCUGCAUCACUGGUUGGUGGUCUGAAAGCGACAGAGGGAAAGAGAUAAGAGAGAGUUUAAGAGUGAGAGAGCAUGAGAGUAUGGACACGAGGUGAAAGUAUACAUGCACAGCAAAGCAUUGAAGAGCUACAAAGAGAGAAAUAGCCAUUUAAAGAUUUCACAGAGGUGGUGGUGGUGGUGGUGAGAAGAAAGCUUAAAGUGCCAAAACAAAAUACACAGAAAUUCUAGUAUAGUUUUAUUUUAAUAGUGGAUGUAUGAACCCGUGCACUGACCCCCUUCACACCAGUGAGACGGAGUCAGUACAGCAGGUACCGUUGUGUUCAACCUGUCACUUCCAUAAACAUAAACUGUUCUUUAAAGGACACCAUGCAGCUUUUAGCCCGUUGGUUAUCACUUUGCACUUGUCACAGUCU